GCCAGGAGUUUUCUUGACAACUUUGCAACUCGUAAUCCCAAAUCUCGUCAUUUUCCAGACUUCCGCUUUUCCUUUCGCUACAGCUAUCGAUCGACGAAGAGGAAAUGAAUUGGGAGCUUCGAAAAUCGGCACCGAGGAGCUUCUCACAUGCCAGUCUUGACGGAGCAUAACUGGCGAUUGGGUGCCCUCAGCUUCGCACGGAGAAAUUCAUCUCUCACUUAUCGCUUCCGGCGGUGAAUCUUGCUCGAAAGUUACAGAAACUCGGCGAACUAGUCGGGAUCCUGCAUCAGUUCUGCUUCCUUUCGACUGCUGGAGGGCGGGGUUUCUAGCGAUCUCACAUUCCGAUCAAACUUGUAUGGCGGCGGAGCAGGGCCAGCCUCCAAACGCGGACGCCUUCGAUAGCUACUUCAGGAGAGCUGAUUUGGACCAGGAUGGAAGGAUCAGCGGAGCAGAGGCGGUCGCUUUCUUCCAAGGAUCCAACUUACCCAAAGAAACCCUUGCUCUGGUAUGGUCCUAUGCUGCUGGAGGAAACAGUUCUUUGGGGCGUUCGGAGUUCUACAAUGCGUUAAGACUUGUGACAGUCGCUCAAAGUGGAAGGCAACUUACAGCUGAUAUUGUGAAGGCAGCUUUAUAUGGUCCAGCUGCAGCUAAAAUUCCAGCUCCAAAGAUAAAUCCUACAUCACCCCAAGCAAAUCAAAUAUUAGCACAGCCUACUCAGACUGGUUUUACGAGGCCACAUACUUCUGAGAUGAAUUCCAUGGCUGUUCCUGCACCUCAAACAAGUAACAUAUUACCACAGUCUGCUUCAGCAGGCUUUAUGCGACCUCCUCCUCCAAUCACUGCUGCACCAUCGCCACAAUUUUCUAUGAGGCCUCCUCAGAUGAAUUCCAUGCAUACGUUCUCACCCCAAGCAAAUAGCUUGAUGCAACAGCCCCCUCAAUCUGGCUUUAUGAGGCCUCCUUCUCAGAUAAAUUCCACAGUCACUUCCACAACCCAAGCAACCUUUAUGAGGCCGCCAGCUUCUCAAAAUACUGACUUUGUUCCCAUAACCACAGGUGUAAACUACCAGAGUUCCCCCGAUCAGCAGAACCAUUUCAUGAGGCCACCUCAAGUGCAGGGAUUGAGUCAAGGAAUCCUUGCUAUAAGUACUGGUCCUUCAAGUUCAAACUUCUCGUCCUUAUCUACUGAUUGGAUAUCAGGUAAGAGCGGUGGGUCUCAAGGAACAGUUAAUUUUCAAGUUCCCAACCAUGUUCCUAUUGCAGAUAAAGAUGGUUUUGUCACAGCACAUUCAAAUCAGGAAGCAACUUCUAAACCCCAAAUACAACAUGUAAUCUCUUCUUCAAUCACUGCAAAGCCACUUGUUCCUGUGUCUGCCUCCUUCCAAACCUCUUCCAUGGAUUCAAACGCUUUGGGUGUUUCUGGAAAUGGUUUUUCUUCCAAUUCAAGUUUUGGAGGUGAUGUGUUUUCAGCAGCGCAGACUAAGCAGGAUGCUUCAAUGCCUGUCUCCUUUACAAGCAGUUUCUCAAACUCACCUAAUUCUGCUAUCUUAGAUCCUAAAAAUUCUGUAAAUUUGGGUCAGCAUGUUAAUCUUCAAGUCAUGACAGGCCUUCCCCCAGUUGCAAAUCAGUUUCAGAGGACUCAAUCCCCUAUUAAACAAAAUCAGCCCGAGACAAUACAGAGCACUUCGGCCUUGCCUGUUCAGAGUGUUCCAAGUGGCCCUGUUAGCAGUGUUUCUACUCAAAAUGAAGCUCCAUGGCAAAAAAUUACUCAGUCUGACAUUCGGAAGUAUACUAAAGUAUUUUUGGAAGUUGACAAGGACAGGGAUGGUAAAAUUACAGGCACAGAGGCUAAGAACCUGUUUUUAAGCUGGAAACUACCUAGAGAUAUCCUGAGGCAAGUGUGGGACUUAUCAGACCAGGAUAAUGAUAGUAUGCUUUCAUUAAGGGAGUUUUGUGUUGCUCUUUAUUUGAUGGAGCGCUAUAGAGAGGGCCGUCCUCUUCCAUCUGUUCUUCCUAAUAGUGUAAAGUUCGAUCAAACUUUAAUUCUCGCAACAGGGCAGCCAUCCUCUGCAUAUGGCACUUCAGCUUGGCAGCAGCCGAGGCCUGUAUUAUCUCAACAGCAAAUUCCGGAGCAUCUUUCUGUUGUUCCUCCCUCUAGGAUGGACUCUUCGACAAGGGCACCAAUCCCUUCUCAGGUUGAUGAUGUAGCGUCACCAGUGAAACCAAAAGCAAGAGUGCCAGUAUUGGAACAAAACAUGGUAAACCAGCUUAGCGAAGAGGAGCAGAAAGCGCUCAACUUAAAGUUACAGGAGGCAACUGAAGCUGAUAAUAAUGUUCAAGAAUUGGAGAAGGAAAUCCUUGAAUGUAAGCAGAAGACUGAAAAUUACCGCAAAAUGAUGCAAGAACUUGUUCUCUACAAAAGCAGGUGUGACAGCAGACUAAAUGAGACCAUAGAAAGGACUGCUGCCGACAAACGUGAGGUUGAGCUCUUGGCAAAAAAGUACGAGGAAAAGUAUAAGCAGACUGGCGAUGUUGCUUCUAAGCUGAGUCUGGAUCAGGCUACCUUUCGGGAUAUUCAGGAGAGAAAGAUGGAGUUAUAUAAAGCAAUUGUGAAAAUGGAAGAAGGUGAAAUUUCGGAUGGUGUACUUCAGGAACGUGCUGAGAAAAUUCAAAAUGAUCUGGAUGAACUGGUGAAAGCUUUGAAUGAGAGGUGUAAGGAUAAUGGCUUACGUUCGAAGCCCACUUCACUAGUUGAACUUCCCUUUGGUUGGCAACCUGGCAUGCAAGAAGGAGCUGCUGAUUGGGAUGAAAGCUGGGACAAGUUUGACAAAAAUGAUGGUUUUACAAUCAUCAGGGAGCUUACCCUCGAAGUGGAAAAUGUCGUUGCUCCUGAAAAACUGAAGACCGCCUCUGUCACGAGUGUUGAAGCACCAGACACCACAAUAAAACAGAAUGAAAAUGAAAAAGCCGCUAAAGAUGCUGAAUCAGCAUCAUUAUCUAAAGUAGAGGGUGAAGUUCACAAGCCUUCGAGCACCAGAGUGCUUUUAACUGAAGCUGAGUUGUCUAAUGUGCAUGGUGAAGAUGCUUCGGUAAGAAGCCCUGCCGUUAGUCCUGGAACAAGUACAAUCGAAAGUCCAUCUCGAGAUUUUCAAUCUACGUUUUCACCUCCGGCUUAUGCAAAAGAACAUCACAGUGAAUUUGAUGAUCUUGAAUCCACCAUAUCCGGAGAAAAGUUUGCUGACGAGGUAACCUGGGGUGCAAAUUUUGACACUGAUGACAAUGAUUCUCUUUGGGGUUUCAAACCAAUCAAGACAAAGGAAGCCUUUCAUGAUGCCGGCAGGCUGGACUCCUUCCCCGGCCAUGGAGACUUUGCCCUGAAUUCCUUCGGCACAGAUUCACCCAGCGCAUCCAGUGUUUUUGGGAGAGAUAAAGGCCCAUUCUUCGAUUCAGUCCCAAGCACUCCUCUCUUCAACUCCGGCUUCUCUCCCAAGUUCAACGAAGCAGACGACCGCUCCUUCGAUACCUUCAGCCGAUUCGAUUCAUUCAACACGAAUGACAGCAUCUUCCCUCCGGCCGGAAACCUGACAAGAUUCGACUCGAUGCGCAGCACAACCGAUCAAUCGCACGACCCCUUCUCCAGAUUCGAUUCCUUCCGCAGCUCGGCCGACUCACAGAGAGAGUUCUCGAGGUUCGAUUCCGUUAUCGGCACCGCCGAACCUCGCCGCGAAACCCUGGCUCGGUUCGAUUCCAUGGGGAGCACGGCGGGUUAUAAUCAUGGAUUCUCGUUCGAUGAUUCGGACCCUUUCGGAUCCGGGGUCUUCAAGACCUCAGUGAACCAGAACCCUAAGAAGAACACUGAUCAGUGGAGCUCCUUCUAGUUAAUGUUACACAACUUGACAUCCAAGAUUUAUAUAUAUAUAUAUCUAUAUCUAUAUAUAUAUAUCCAUUCAUGAUGCAUUAAAAUUUUAGUUUGAUUUAUUGCCAAUUUUUGUGUGUUAUCAUCAAGCUGUUGGGAAUGUGUUUGUUGCAGGUUUGUCUGUUUUAUGGAUUGCCUGAGGAUGA